GUUCGGUUUCCGCGGUUGCAUUUCGUUAACAACAAAGGAAAAGCUCUCGAAGUCAUUGCCAGUGCGACUGUAGACAGUAAGAGGAUUGAGCAUUUAUUUAAUUUCGUCCGUCCAAUUAUGUUGAAGUUAAUAUACAGCGCAUGCAGACGAUCAUUUCGACGACGUAGUCGUGACAAACUUUGCGACCGCAAGAACAUUCAGAUCGGCCACCACUCCCAAACCUUCGGCCAGAACGGCGAUAGUUGGUUCCUGAAGAGAAACGCGAUUGGUUAUAAGAAAUUACCUCCAGAGCCGACGAACGAAGUUGUACAUUCACAAAAUAACGAACAGGAUAUGGAGGAAUUGAAUCAAGGACACAGACGAAGUUCAUGCCCGAGCGUAAAAGAUAGAAUUAAGAAAUUCUCAGAUGAAUUAUUAGUGGAGAGAGAAAAGGUGUUCGUUCUGUUAGAUAAGUCUGCUCGUAUAGAAAAAGAACUCAAGGGUUUUCGUAAGAAAGUACAUAGAUUAGAUGACGGCGAUGUGACGGAUUUUGGCAUUCGUAAACUGGAUGUUAAAAUGACGGACGUCGAGGAGAAAUGUCGCAGUGGAAACAUAAACGGGCUAAAUAAAGUUGCAGGGAGAUUCUCGGCCGAAAAUGAGAAUCUGAAGCUACAAGAUAACAGUGAUGGAAUCAUAAUUAAUAGACAGGAAGAAGGAGAAUACAGCAAAAUCAAGAACAAUCAGAAUCGUGGCAAACCUGACGUCAUGAAAGCCCAGAAGGUCCCAGGCUGCCAAGAAUGGGAAGACAGCAGUGAGAACUCGGAUUGGGGCCCGGAGUGGGACUCUGACUCGGGCCCGGAGUCGGACUCCGAUUCGGACUGGGGCUCAGUGUGGGACUCGGUCAGUACUGAGGGCUCCGAUGAGCACUGCUGCUGCCAGUGCGCUGAUAUAAAGAGACGGGAGCGGGCAAUUAAUUUGCUCCUUGCGAACGAACCGCCUGCUCGUAUCUGUGAAAAGGCCAAACUGCUUAAUUCUUCAGUCGAUAAUUCAGAGACCAGCCUUCCCGAAUUGGAAGACUUCACGCUGCUGAAAGUUCUAGGAAAAGGAGGUUUUGGAACAGUUUACCUAAGUCGCAAGAGGGGAGGUGCAGAUGAUGGAGCAUUGUAUGCCGUAAAGACGAUGGUUGUCUCCAAAAUGGCGGCUGUCAAAUAUGGUGCUGAAGAAUAUUGUGUUGAGCGUGAUGUACACGAAAGAGUUUCCGAGUCUCCGUUCUUGGUGGGACUGUACUACACUUUCCACACAUCCACAUUGUUGUGCUUAGUUCUGGACUAUUAUGCAGGUGGCGACCUGUCCUAUCUUUUAACGGAGUUGGAGAAAUUUACAAGUGAGGAAACCAGAUCAUACCUCGCGGAAAUAAUCGAAGCUGUGGAGUAUCUCCAUGAGCUUAAGGUCAUACACCGGGACCUCAAACUAGAAAACAUAUUGGUAGAUGCUCAAGGUCAUAUUGCCGUCGCAGAUUAUGGGUUGUGCAAACAAUUCAUCUGCUAUAAAGAGGGAGAUCGUGCAUAUUCGCAGUGUGGCACGAGGGAGUAUAUGGCGCCAGAGAUGAUCAUCGGCGAAGGCUACAGCUUUGAAGUGGACUGGUGGAGUGUCGGCAUAAUCAUGUACGAAAUGUCAACGGGGCACAGACCCUUCAAGUAUAACAGAGAGAGUAACGACAAAGUUCUCGAUAAUGAAAUUUUGCAUCAGACACCACACAUCCCAUCGUGGUUCUCGGUCACAGAAGCAGAUUUUGUCGGGAGACUUUUGGAGAAGGAUCCAAAUACAAGGAUGGGCGCGGGGAAAGGUGGCGUGGAGAACAUCAAGACGCACCUGUAUUUCACUGGUGGUUUUGCAAAGUGUUAUGAGAUAACAGAUACAAAGACUGGCAAUGUGUAUGCUGGUAAAAUUGUCUCCAAAAAACUGAUGACCAAGCACAAUCAGAAAGAUAAAUUAACUCAAGAAAUCGCUAUUCAUCGAAGUUUAAACCAUAAACAUGUGGUGGGAUUCCACGGAUUUUUUGAGGAUAAUCAAAAUGUUUAUAUUGUACUGGAACUUUGUAGGAGAAGGUCAAUGAUGGAGUUACACAAGCGCAGAAAAGCUUUGACUGAGGCUGAAGUCCGGUACUAUGUGAGACAGAUACUACUCGGUGUUAUUUAUCUUCACCAACACAGGAUUAUCCAUCGUGAUCUCAAACUUGGGAAUUUAUUUCUCAAUGAUGACUUGGAUGUGAAAAUAGGAGAUUUUGGUCUUGCUGCCAAGAUUGAAUAUGAUGGAGAAAGAAAAAGGACACUAUGUGGUACACCCAACUACAUUGCCCCAGAAAUCCUGAGCAAGCAGGGGCAUAGUUUUGAAGUUGACAUAUGGUCGAUUGGCUGUAUUUUGUACACUUUGUUGAUUGGGAAGCCACCAUUUGAGACUAGUUCACUGAAGGAGACGUACUCUCGGAUAAAGAGGUGCGAAUAUAAGAUACCACCCUUAUCACAGAUAUCGUCAUCUGCCAUUAAGUUGAUUCGAGCAACACUCCAGCCAGAUCCCAAGUGCAGGCCGAAAGUUGAAGAACUUUUGAACAGUGAAUUCUUCACAUCUGGUUACAUCCCAUCGCAGUUGCCUGUGUCAUGUUUGACAGUGGCACCGAGAACAGACAAACUGGAGAAGGUUGUGGGCAGGAAACCACUUCUCGAAGUUAACGCGAUUAGUGAAGUUGGUCCCAGUGGCAGUCCUGCUAAGGCCAGUGGUAAUCCAGCAACUGAUUCUCACCACCAUCUUGUCACCCUGAGAGACCAGUUGUGCUCCGUUCUCAAGUCAAACCCCAGCAGAGACACAGGCGUAUUUGGAGAUGAAGCCACCGACCCGGCCGCCCAGCCCAUUGUUUGGAUCAGCAAGUGGGUAGACUACUCCGACAAAUACGGGUUUGGUUACCAGCUCUGUGAUGAAGGCGUGGGUGUCGUGUUCAAUGAUUCAACCAAACUUGUUAUGCUGGCUAAUGGAAAAAAUGUUCAGUACAUAUCGCGUGCGGGAAAGGAAUUCUAUUACCUGAUGGAGGAUUACCCAGAAACUUUAGACAAGAAGAUGAAGUUGCUGUCGUACUUCCGCCGUUACAUGAGCGAGCACCUAGUGAAGGCUGGUGCGACAGUUCCUGUCCGUGAAUGCGAUUCUUUAAGCCGGGUGCCAUACUUGAAUCAGUGGUUUCGCACCUCAUCUGCAGUUGUAAUGCUCCUCACUAAUGGGACCCUACAGAUCAACUUCAUGGACCACACCAAAGUCAUCAUGUGUCCGCAUAUGGCUGCAGUGACGUACAUAGAUGAAAGCAAAAGUUUCCGCACCUUUAGAUUCAGUUCCAUUGAACAGAAUGGCUGCAAUAAACAUCUUGCCUCCUGCCUAAAAUAUGCUUUGGACAAGAUCUCACUUAUUCUAGGAUAAGUGCAAUUUUGUCUGAUUUUAUCGCUUUUCCUAUAAUUAUAUUUACUUUGACAAAGUGAAUAUAAUUAUAUUAAAAGUGAUUUUAUCAAUUCUGAACUGUGUGUCUUAUAUAUGUAUAUCAGUAUUUAUAAUAAAAAUAUUCUUGGUUCUUCACUGAAAAAGACUGCUGAACAUCUUCAGUGUUGCAAGAAUGUUGGUUGGACGUGAGCUGAAAUUGAAAGAGGAAAGAAGUUUAAUAUUAGAUUUCAUCAAUUUGAGAUCUGUGGCUAUCUUUUCCUUGGAGAAAAUUUGAAAGCAUUAAGUCAAAUUUCUAAUUGAAUUUGUGGGUACAUUUUCUGUCUGCUCGAGAGUUUUGUUUUUUACGUCCUUUACGGUCAACAGUUUAGAUAUAUUUUAAUUUGCUCAGAAACUCACUUUUAGACAUAUAAUUUUAAUGAUUUAAUUUAGUUUUUAUAUCUUACAGACCUCUAUGCUGAGCAUUCUGUUAUGAUGAAAUGCAGCGCGACGUCAUGUUUGCUGUUGUUAAAGAUAUACUGCCUAUAAAUCAUUGAGGUCUCGAUUGUUCGUAACUUUCAUAGGUUGUUUCGGCAACUUGUGUGCAGUUAGUGAAUGACUGACUUGGAGUUAGAAACAUAUAACAUAAUUAAGUUAUUGUUUUAGGUUAUUUUUAUUCUGGAAGAUUCGUAAGUGUACACAUUAAACCUAGCGUCUCACUGAGAACUUUUAAUUAUAAUUUUGGGAUAUUUCAAUUAGUGAAAUUUUAAAGUGAUAUUUUUGUUUGUGAACCUUUCAGAUGUAAUUUUUAAAUAUGAAUGAUUAUGAAAUAGUGGUGUGUUAUUUAUCUAUCCAUGGCUUAUAACCCACCAUUUAUUCAAAGUGACCACUUAUUGUCCAAACAGACACUUAAAUUCUUAUAUGCAAAAUCCCCCAUGUAGCACAAAACACAGUAUGAUGCAGAUCUGUCUGUGUUAGUAGCCUUUAAAUUUUCUCUUAUGAAACAAUCUCAUUUUAAUAUAGUGUUCUGAUGCAGAUUUAAUAAGAGUGGUGCUCCAGUACCCCACUGUGACGACCUUAUGCUGUUAUGAGCGCAGUGGUCUUUGAAUAAGUUUUCAUAUCUCAUGACUGACUGUAAAAUGUCUGAUGCAAUGCAAUAAAUAAAAGUUUUUAACAAACAGA